AUCCUAGAAACCGCCCCCUCCCACACUGGAUGCCCCCGCUUCAGAUGGAUCUCAAAAUACAUAAAGCCUCCAUGUUGCGCACUGGGCAUGUUGGCCCCACACUGAUGACCAAUUCCUUUGAAAAGUCUCUGCUGUAACAUCGAAUUUUAUUUUUAUUUGCAUCCUGAGUUAGUUUCGAUCGUGUGUUUGGACGAUAAUCUCCCGGAUCCUGUUCGCGCGGUUCACAAGGCACGCCGUCACAUUUUUCUCAGUGGAUUCACGCAGCUAACCAGGCUAACCUAAGCUAACUCGGAGCCAGUUCAGAUCCAGCAUCGGACCGUUCGUCACACAAUACACACACUCGUGUUGGAUGAGUGGUCGACCAAGAGCAUUGUUUACAUCUGUUGACAUUAACAGAGGAGGCAUUUUUGGUGGUGUAAUGCCCUAAAUGACAACCAGGUCGACCAGGAUCCCACCCUCCUCUUCCGACGGUGCUAGCUGGCUGCUGGUUCGCGCCGCCGCCACAACGACGCCUCUGAUCGGCCGCUAAGCCUGCUGGCUCUGGGGGCUCGCAGGUUCUCCGCGCCUUUAGACCCACUAGCUUAACUAGUUAGCUUGCACAAGAAGCGGGCUCGGUUGCUGGAUAAGACAAACAUUCACAACUGUAAAGGAAACCCGCAUCCGUCGCAAUGGACCACAUGUCCAUCAUCACACAGGUUUCCAAUCCCAAAGAGGAGGAAAUCAUCUCGUUCAACCAGGAGAAAGCGGCGUCGCAGUCCAACGUCAGCCUCAAGAAGCAGAGGAAUCGCAGCAUCUUCAGCUCCUUCUUCUGCUGCUUCCGCAACUACAAUGUGGAGGUGCCCGCGUCCAACACUAUCAGCAGCUCUCUGCCACCCCCAGUGGAGGAGAAUGGAACUCCGCCCAAGUCCGACCAGGUCCAGGUCAUCCCUGUCCCUAGUCCUCCGGCCAAAUACCUCCUCCCGGAGUUGACGAUAGCGGACGACGGCAAGAAGUGUGUUGUGAUCGACCUGGACGAGACCCUGGUCCACAGCUCCUUCAAGCCUAUCAGCAAUGCGGAUUUCAUCGUUCCCGUGGAGAUCGACGGUACUGUUCAUCAGGUGUAUGUGCUGAAAAGACCGCACGUAGACGAGUUUCUACAGAGGAUGGGAGAGCUGUUUGAAUGUGUGCUGUUUACCGCCAGUCUAGCUAAGUACGCCGACCCCGUGGCCGACCUGCUGGACCAGUGGGGGGUGUUCCGCGCCCGUCUCUUCCGGGAGUCGUGCGUCUUCCACCGGGGGAACUACGUGAAGGACCUUAGCCGGCUGGGCCGCGAGCUGGCCAGCGUCAUCAUCGUGGACAACUCGCCCGCCUCCUACAUCUUCCACCCGGAGAACGCGGUGCCGGUGCAGUCGUGGUUCGACGACAUGAACGACUCGGAGCUGCUGGACCUGCUGCCUUUCUUCGAGGGACUAAGCAAAGAGGACGAGGUCUACGGGGUCCUGCAGGACCUGAGGGGGAGGUAGCAGGACCACCGGCGGCUCCCUCCGCCACCUGCUCCUCGCGGGGCCACCAGCGUGUACCCAGCCCCCCCAGGCCUGUGUGUGUCUCUCUCGCUGAUGCCCCCCCCCCCCUCCCCCAACUCCAACUCCCUUGCUCCCUCCCCUCUCCUCACACUCCCACACAUCUGACUCAGAACUCAGGCAGAACCUCUCUCUCUCUCUCUCUCUCUCUCACACAUGUACACGUGCCCGUGCACCCCCUGGUUGCGCCCACUAGGGGGUGCCCAUGGAGUCUCACUGUGGAAAAAAAGAAAAAACUAAAACAAUGCUAUACUUCUACCUGAACCUUCCUCUCCUCUCUGUGACCUGCUGGAGACCGGACAUCUCUGUACAAAAAGAGUUCCCCGCGGACGGUGGAAACAGACUGGGCUCCGUAUCCGUGCAGUCCCCCCUCUGAGGACCGGAGACGGGGGUCCUUCAUACCGUUGUGGUGUGGGGGGGGGGGGGGGGGGGGGGGAAGACGAGGAAGAGGAAAAGAAUAACACAACUCUGCAGCAGACAGGAUUUUACUAUUUGGCGAAGUGCUUAUUUUAAAAACCAAAAGAAAGAAAAUUAAUUAAACGGUUGUUUUUUUUGUUCCUGCGGUCUGAAAGGCGCUCUGAAAGGGUUUGAAGGGGGGGACGGGACGGGACGGAGGCCGGGGGGUCCCUGUGUUUGUGCUAUGCAGGUAGUCUCUGGUCGUAGAAAAGACCCCCACGCGUCUCCUUUUUGCUUUUCCUACCGAGUGAAGUGCCUUUGUGUGAAUGUUUUUAAAGGGGGCUGUGUUUUGUACAUGCCGUGCUCCCCCACCCCCUCACCCCCCCCCCCCCCCCCCCCCCCCCCACCACAGAGUACUUAAAUCUUUUCAAACUGACAAUAUAUGCUUUAACGUGGACGAGGCGGUAUAUACACCGACACACGGAUCCGUCAAAUACUAUGACUUUCAAACCAUCCCUCGUCUCCUGACAUUUACUUUCUUUCCCUUUUUUUGCUCGUGCCAUUAUAUAGACGUGGUUUUCUUUCUUUUUCAUUGUACUUCUUCAAUCGUAGUUGUAGAAUAGCGUUUCGUUCCCGAGUAACAGGAGUAUGUUUGCAAUUGUGAACGGUAAAAUAUAAUAGCCCGAAUGUUUAUCUUCUAUCAAUCUCUGGGUUUGAAUUUAAAAACAUAAACCUGUGCCAUUUUUAUAACUGUCCACGUCCGCCCAUUUCAACAAAACACUAGCCUCCGUCUCAUUCGCCAAAUUGGACGGUACAAUCUCUAGUGCGAAUUAAGCUUAUUUGGCAAUCAGGCGGAACUCCGGCGGUACAUUUGAACAUAUUUGGAUCCCAUGUUGUAGGUGAUCCUUGAAAAUAGUUUUAAUUCUAGUUGAGAUGCAAUGAUUUCUAGAUGCGAUUUGGUCUCUCACCACUAGAGGGAGCUCUGUCGCCACGACUUGCCUGUAUACAGUUGCAAAGGUAUCCCUUUCGUUGCUUCAAAUGAUGUGGAAUCCUACAGAGGAUAGAGUCGAGUGCCAUGUUUUAAAGUUGCAUCAUUUUCCUUCUAAGUACUUUUAUUUGAUCAAACGAGUAGUCUCGCUGGAGAGUGUUGGAUAGCAUUUGGAUGGGUGGAGUCUGGACCGUGUGAAAGCACUCCCUACAUAUGAUCAGCGUUUCACCUGACCUUUUUCUUUCUCUAAAACAAACCGGUGUGUGGCUUUCACCUGCCCAGACUCUCCCGACUUCUCUUCACCUCAGUGCCUAAGUCAUAGAGGAGCCACGCACACACAGAAACCCAGAGUGCUGAAAACAUCCGUUACCAUGGCAAUAACCUUCUUUCUGGUGGGGGUGGGGGUGGAGGAGAGUCCUUCCCAGCUGGGUGGUGUGUGUUGUUUAGGAGGCUAGAGCACUUGACAAAGACCACCUCCCAGGGUUGGUUCUGACUAGGGCUGGCCCGAUCCUUAGGGACCUGCUAUUAGACUUGUUUGUUGUUUCAGCCAUUUGAUGUUUGCUGUUGUUAUGGUUAGCUAUUCAGAAGGCUCCCCUUAAUUAGACCUAAUGGGAACUAGUGAUUCAAAAGGAGGGGUAGUGGGGAAAAAAGCAGCCAAGUAAUGUACCUCUCCAUAUAAUUGAAUCUGAGGCAAAUUAUCAGUUUGGCCUUUCAAAAUAAAAGUUCAAAAAAUGUUGCCCGGCUGAAAAAGGUUUCCCAACAUGUCUGGCCAGCCCUCGGGACCCUGUGGAGGCUCUGUGUCAAGGCUCUUCUGCAGGACUGUGAGCCCUCUCGGCGGCCCGGAUGCCUUACUGCCUGUGGACGCAUUCAAAGCAAUCUACAUUCAUAAGGUCACUGUGGUGUUUUAUAGUGUCACCUCGCUCACUGUUUUUCCCCACCCGGUUUUGAAUGUUUCCGUUUGAUGCUCAUUGGUGGACUCAUUGGAAGAAUCUGAUUGGCUGGCUGCAUCAGCCUGGUGUUAACACGAACAGGAAGUGGUCAUCAGGAUAAGCGAAGCCAAUCACAUCCGCCCGUCAUUCUGUUUGUUUUCGUUUGAAAUCCUGGUUGUACAUUUUGACUUUUAUUUGGUCAUCAGUACUUCCACGGAAAUAUUUGUCUGAUGCUGCUCCCGUGGGCGUGUUGAACUCGGUUCAGCUUCAUUUUAUUUGUUGGUAUAUCCGUUGGAAGAAGUUUUGGACGGUGAGCGUUACGCUCUGAUGCUGUUUUUUUGGUGCAAUGUUUUUACACAAAAAAAAAAAAGUUCAGUGUUCAUUCUACUCUUAUUCUCUCGACUUCUGUUAACAUUUCGAUCGUACCAUUGUGAUAUUUUUAUAGUUACCCGUUUGUCAGUAUUUUGGUUUGGGAAGAAGCUGCAUAUUACAAGUUAUCCACCUGAUUUGGGUUUUUUCUUUCUCAUGCACAGUAAUGCCCCUCUCGGUUACCUUUUUUCAGUUUGAGUUAUCAAUCAGGUCCUCCUCUCGGAGGGAUCCGCCGUGUUGUGCGUUUGUUUUGGUGUGUGUUUGUGUGGUGGAUGACUGUUCUCCAUCGUUUUAAACUUCUGGCCGUAUCCGUUCACCUUACCACAUUGCCACCGGUUUUCCAUUUUUAUUUAAACAAAGUUAAAACACUUUGCAGUUCCUAGGAUUAUUCUUCCUGGUUCUUCACCCUUUUUUCGGUUCAUUUUAGAACACGAUCCUCCUUCGUUGACUGUCGGGUAAAUUCUAUUCUUGUCGUUCUGUACGGUACAAGACUUAAAAGGCCAAAGCAAUGUCACUUAGCACAAAUGUGAUCUCCGUUUUCCAUCUAGUCUACCUGAUAUAAGGUCUAUUUCUUAGUCUCUACCUUGAUUAAAGAUAUAUUUCUUAGUCUCUCUACGUGAUAAAAGGUCUAAUACUCCCAGCCCCCAGGUGAGAGAGGGAUGUUACUGUGCUCCUGAUUGCAGUAUAUAUAUUUUUACAGUGAACUUUAUUCAUGACUUAACUGCAUAACUUCCUCCUGGACAUGUCACAAUAAAAAGCACCUUUUUACAAA